CACACCGACACAUUUCAACACGAUGGCCGCGUAUACAAAUAUUUCCUUAGUAACCAAAAUGUCAUGAUAUAUUGAUGAUUUUCCUACGAGGAGAGUGAUUUGAUGAUGUUAAAGUUUCAAACGGAGGCAUUGUUCGGAGAAAUAUUUGAUGUAAUCUGCUUCAGCGUCCAUAGCCCGAGGUCAUAGCCUUCGUGUUUGGAACAGCAAUGGGUUGCUGUACAUCUAGUCCCGCCACCGGCGGUGGUCAGCCAGCGUCGUCAUAUCCACGCCAGGCGUUCGUACCAGCCCAGCAGGGGGCGGGGACGAAUCAGAUGACGGGGUACCCGGCUGGUUACCCCGGAGGUUAUCCUCAGGGCCCCGUGGUCGUGCAGCACGGAAACAAUUCUGACCGAAUGAUGGAGGGUGUCGUCAUGGGGGCGGCGAUGGGGUACGGAGCACAUGCCAUGAUGCAUGGCGGCGGGAUGGGGAUGGCGGGCGGAGUGGUCGGAGGCUAUGCCAUGGGAGCCAUGAUGCCAUCGUGUGAUGUCAGUGUAGGCCCCAUUGACGUCCUUUGAUGAUGAACUAAUCUGAGAAGUUAAACAAUGAAAAAACAUUUCGGCCUCGUCGGAUAACUACACUCCUACACAGUGGUUAAAAGUAUAGACAUUUUGUACUGUUUUCUAUAUUGAUGGGAGCUAUAACUGCGUGGGACCACUGACCACCUCGUGAGUGUAGAUCAUAAAGAUGCUGGGAUUACACUCCAAAAUUGGUAUCAAUGUUCUUUCCACGUCUUUCCACGAUGUUGCACGAUACCGGUCGAUACUAUUGUACGAUGUUACUAGUGAGCCCUUAUAAUGAUUUGUCGUGCUGCCAUCUGUCAAAGUGGCCGCAGACAAUUUCUCAGAUAGCUCACACAAUGUUGUUCAAGAGGUUUUCAAAAGGCACUACGUUUGGUGUGUACAUUUCCACAUGUAUUUCCUGCUAGAAAAAACCGGUUAUCAGGAAAAAAAGAAACAACCAAAAAACAUGUUUUCCUGGAAACCGAAAGUGGUAGGUUCCAACUGCCACCAUUGAAUUCAAAAUGUGAUUGAUUAUACAUUGUAUAUGUCUAAUUAUGUACAUUACCGUGAUUGACUAAAUAGUGAUGCACGAAGUGUAUUGCAAAAUGUAACGCUAGAAAAAAGUGAACAAUGUACGGACAUGUCAUGAAUAAAUGUUUAUACUCAUACAUUUUUAUUUGAAUACACUCCCUAACGAAUAAACUGUAUAUGCUAGGAAUGAA